AUGCUGCGUAACCUGGCGAUGAGCCUGCUGGCCCUGCACAUCGCGACGCCUGCGCUAGCCGAUAACGGCGCCUCGGGCCGCCUGCGGGCGGACCUCCUCGUCUCAUACGACAAAGGAGCAUAUCCGUGGGAAUUUGCUUGGGAAGCGGCGCUGGCCGACGGGGGGGAGCGGUCGGGCUUGAAGGUGGAAAUGGGCAUCAACUUCCACCGGGUGCACUCUGUGGACGUAGUCAACCACGCCACCGACUUAAUUGUGUGGUACCGGCUGCGGUGGCAUGACCCGCGGCUGGCGUGGAACGCCUCGCAGUACGGUGGCCUCGCAACGCUGCAACUGUGGGUCGGCGACGGCGCCUCGUCCGACGUCUCGUCCGACAUUUGGACGCCCGACAUGACCCUGUGGAACCAGGGCGAGUCGAUGCAGACCUCGCUCUCCAACGCCUUCGCGAGUGUAUCGAGCGACGGCACCGUCUUCUGGUCACGGCCCGGCCACCUCCGCCCCACUUGCAAGUUCGUAGGACUCGACCGCUUCCCGUUCGACGAGCUGGGAUGCACGAUGGAGUUUGGCAGCUGGAGCUUCAGGCCGACCAACCUCGAGGACGGCCUCUACCUCCGCCCCGUCAAGAUGGGCGACGGCUUCAGCAUUGGAGGCUCCGAGACCGCGGGCGAGUCCUUCCAGGAGUUUUCGCUCGAGGGCGUCGAAUGCCGCGAUAAAGUCUACCCGCCUUACCCCGGCGACCCAGAGAACGACUGGCCUGUCCUCCUCUACGAGGUGGUGCUCAACUUCAUCGGCUUCCUCUGCUUCAGCGUCCCGCCCCAGUGCGGCGAGCGGCUCGGCCUCGGCAUCACGGCGCUGUUCUCUCCUGCCGUGCGGUGCGUGGCGCUGCUCGCCGCCGUGGCGUCCGACUUUGUCAUCAACGGCAAGCUCCCGGCUGCAUCCGAAAUGACAUGGUUUGCACAGUUCUCCGCCUUCAGCCUCGCCUACGCCACGUUGGUGCUCGCCGAAUCAUGCAUCGUCUCGCAGGCGCGGCAGGCGGACCACAUCGUCGUGGUGUCGCACGGCGCCAUCGUCGAGGAGGGGACGCACGACGCCCUCCUCCGCCGCAACGGCGCCUACGCGGAGCUCGUGCGCGUCGGCGAUGGGCUGAGCGACGCAGAGACGUCAGAGGUGGUCGACUCGGCGCUGGGCGUGGCGGACGCUGCAGCGGCUGUGUGA